AUGGGUACUCCGCAAACUCCUACCUUGAGAUCUGCGAGGCAGAAGUGGCUCACAUUUUUUAAUAACUUAAUAACGGUUACUUAUUUAUGCAAGAUAACGCUUCUAUAUACCGGGUAUAUACAGUUCAGGCUUGGUUUGCCCUUUACGGCAUUACACAGAUUACAAAUUGGCCGGCCUACUUCCCUGAUCUCAACCUAAUUAAGCAUAUCUGGUGGCACCUGAAGACGAGGACUUAUGAGAUGUUCCCAGAGGUUGCGGUGGAUAAGUCAGAGACAGAACACGCAAGGCAGAGGCUAGAGUCUUGUAUUCAGGCGGCGUGGGACACAUUGGAUAAGGGGUUGUUUAAUAAUCUAUAUGCGAGUAUGCCGGCGAGGAUGAAGGCUUAUAUCGCGGCUGGUGGCUGGCAUAAAAAUAUUAAGAUAAUUCAAUAG